AUGGCAGAAGAGGUCAGAGAACAAUGGGUAAUGAAAUUUGAUGGGUCUUCUACUACACAGUUUAGAGGGGUGGGAGUAGUUUUGUACCAUGAAGAAAACAAGGCAGUGGCGCUAUCGUUCAAACUAGAAUUCUCAUGUUCAAACAAUACGGCAGAAUACGAAGCCUACCUAACCGGGCUAGCCACGGCUCUCGAAAUGGGAAUCAAACAUUUGAGAGUAUUAGGAGAUUCAAACCUAGUCGUCUGCCAGACCAAGGGAAGCUUCUCCUUAAAAGAGCUCAGUCUAGCCCCAUAUAGAGCAAUGGCCCAGAGGAUGGAAGAAAAAUUUUCAACUUUCGAAAUAGAGCAUGCUCCAAGGAAUGAAAACCGGUUUGUGGACGCAUUAGCCGGACUGGGGUCACAAAUAAUUUUCGAAGGGGAUAGCACCAGGAUAGAAGUCAGCAAAAGGGAAGAAUCCAUCAUUGAGGUGUUGAAGGAAAGGUUCCGAGAGGAACAAUGCGAAAGGGAUUGGCGGAUCCCCAUAAGGGAAGUCUUGAUGAGGGGAGAAGAUGCUGCAGAAUUAAAAAUACUAAAAGACUACGCCCUGGUGAGAGAAGAGUUGUAUCGCAGGAUGCUAGGUGGGGUCUUGUUCAGAUGCGUGGGGUAG